AUGACCUGGCUCUCGGUUUUGGGGAGUGUGCUCUACUAUCUUUCGUUGCCAUUCACUACCGUUUUCACAACCGUCUACAAUUGGGUACUCAUAGCUCUUGCCCCUGCUCUACAUCUGGGACAUUAUUUGUUUUCGGGAAUGCUCUUGCCACUCAGAUUACUUGCAAAAUUUGAGACUCUCUAUAUCUAUUUGGGAGUAGCCGCCGUGAUAGGACUUCUCACUGGCUCCAUACUUCACAUGUCCUCGUCAAUCCUGGUGUCCAUCUUCAAUUUGACUCCAACGCCCGAAGAGAUAGGCCGAUCGGCUGCCUCCGUGAGAGCUGCCCGGGAGAAGAAGAAGCUUGAGCAGGCGUGGCAAAGCUCAACGACUAAAGUCGAAUCAGGGAAAUGGAAGGGUGAGCCUUCUACAGAUAAGAAGUAUUCUGAAUGGCUGGAGAUAGACCGGGACUUGUUGAGACAGACCAUUCUAGAGGAGGACGAUGAUUCGGAGGAGGGGUUCUGA